AUGGAAAUCCCAAGGUCAAUGGCUCAAGCGAGAAAAAGUCCUAACUGGAAAGAAUGGGAUAAUGCUUCUAAGGAAGAAUGGAGCUCACUCAUGAAAAAUCAUACUUGGGAUCUGAUUGACAAACCAGAUGGUGCUCGGGUUGUAGGCAGCAAAUGGCUCUAUACAAUCAAGUCUGGAAUUCCCGGAGUAGAACUGAAACGGUUUAAGUGCAGACUUGUUGCUCAGGGUUUCUCUCAGACUGAAGGGGUUGACUACAAUGAGAUCUUCUCGCCUGUCGUCAAGCACGUAUCGAUCCGGAUUAUGCUAUCUGCAGUGGUAAACAGGGAUUAUGAGUUAGAGCAGAUGGAUGUUAAAACAGCAUUCUUACAUGGAGAUCUGGAGGAGAGAAUUCUAAUGAAACAGCCUGAGGGUUUUAUCAAAAAGGGCGAUGAAAAUAAGGUUUGCUUAUUACGAAAGUCUCUCUACGGUCUAAAGCAAUCUCCUAGACAGUGGAAUCUAAAGUUUGACAGCUUUAUGAAGGAGUCAGGGUUUAUCAGAAGAAGCUAUGAUUCAUGUGUUUACAUGAGGAAUCUAAACAAGGAAAAUGCAGUUUACCUGUUGUUGUAUGUGGAUGAUAUGCUGAUUGCUUCUGGGUGUAAGGCUGAGGUCAGAUUGGUUAAGGACACUCUGAGUCAGAAGUUUGAAAUGAAGGACUUGGGUCCAGCGUCGAGAAUCCUGGGAAUGGACAUCAUCAGAGACAGAAAGAAAGGGAUUCUCAGUUUAUCUCAGGAAACUUAUAUUGAAAAGGUGCUAAAGGCAUUUGGAAUGUCUGAUGCUAAGUCUACGAUUACUCCUCUAGCUACUCAUUUCAAGCUAAAGAGUCUAGGCAAAGCAUAA